GUUCGGGGAAGGCUUAGUCUCGAUUGGAAGACUUGAUUCGAAACGAGCGAGACUUGCUUUUGGAAAAUUACUAGACUUCAGAUUUGCAAAAAAGUUCCUUUCUAGUUUCGAGACCGGAUCUGGGAGUCACCCUUGCCUUUGCAAGACUUUGGAAACUUAUUUGGGGCCGGAAAUCGGGAUUGAUACCCGUCGUAGACCUUCUUGACAUCGUGUCUCGUCCCAUUUCUCUUGAGACCAGUCGUAGACCUUCUUGACAUCGUGUCUCGUCCCAUUUCUCCAACGAGCCUUGUAUGGACUGUAGUCCUCGUCCGCAGCCAUGGGGAAGAUGCUAUCCAAGAUCUUUGGCAACAAAGAGAUGAGGAUCCUGAUGCUGGGCCUGGACGCUGCCGGGAAGACCACCAUCCUGUACAAGCUCAAGCUGGGCCAGCCAGUGACCACCAUCCCGACCGUCGGCUUCAACGUGGAGACGGUGACCUACAAGAACGUCAAGUUCAACGUCUGGGACGUUGGGGGCCAGGACAAGAUCCGGCCCCUCUGGAGACACUACUACACCGGCACCCAAGGGUUGAUUUUCGUGGUGGACUGCGCCGACCGCGACCGGAUCGACGAAGGGCGGCAGGAGCUCCACCGCAUCAUCAACGACCGGGAGAUGCGGGACGCCAUCAUUCUGGUCUUUGCCAACAAGCAGGACCUCCCCGACGCCAUGAAACCUCACGAGAUCCAAGAGAAACUGGGCCUCACGCGCAUUAGGGACAGGAAUUGGUACGUCCAGCCCUCAUGCGCCACGUCGGGCGAAGGACUCUACGAAGGUUUAAUGUGGCUUACUUCCAACUACAAAUCGUAAUAAUCCUAGGGCCAUACAAAUAUAUAUAAAUAUAUUUCUAUAUAAUUUGCGCGCACACAAAAGAAAUCUCUAACCAAUGAACCCUAGAACAUAUAUUCUCUUCUGUCAAUUCCCCCCUUUCCUCUUCCAAUACGUUUGUUAUUGCUUUCCUUGACAACAAAUCUCUAGUAGGAGUGGAACAUUUCAGCAGAGAUCCCGAGUGUUUUGGGGUGCCUUUGGGAUCUGUGCGGAUCGGGGAGAAGCGGCGAAAGAUACAUCUCGUGUGGUUCUCCAACCUGUGGUGUCUCUUAGUUGGUUUUGCCUGAGAGUUGGGUUGACUUGGAGAGACGUUUGGCUGAACUGGUGGUGUGUUGGAUCUGUGCCAGCGGUGUGGUCUGGAGGUUUCCUCCUGCUCCCCAAAUUAGAUCUUUUUAAGAGUCUGCCUUUGGUUCGAUGCGAAUAGUUCCCUCUGCCCUUUCCUUGCAUCCCAGGUGGGUGGAGGAGAGCAUGGGCGCAGUGUUAAUUCUCUCUUGUCACAUUCUGCGAUGACACGAGGUUCAAUUGCAAACCGCCUCCUAUUUAACACACCCAUCCCGUCGCUCACUCGCUCGUUCGGGUUCCCUCCUUGUUCCUUGACCUGCUCAACCUGACUUGCGUGGUGGAGGCAAGGAUGUGCAUGCCCCAGGCCUGGCCAAACCAGUUUCCCCACCACAAGAUGGGUGGGAAGGAAGAAACUGCCGGUCGGAGAAGUUGCAAGCGCCCUCUCCUUGCAUCCUAAACAGCAAUCUUAGCUUUCCGAAGAAGGUUUUCCUCAUAAAUGAAUGGAUCGGGGCGGGAGGAGGGGGUGUUGGUUUGAGAGAGGACAUUCUAGAUUGCCUUUUGGGGUGUCGUUCCAGUUCCACUUGCUUUGCUUCUGUAAUUUCUACUAGGUCCUAGCAGGACUGAAUGGAUAAGGGGGCUUGCUCUGCUUUGGGUUAUGUUUUGAUUCCUUUUGUGUUGUAAAAUUGUGCUUUCCGAAAGAAGGUACAGCAGAGUCUCACUUAUCCGACCUUUGUUUAUCCGACUUCCCGUUUUAUCCGAUGCCCUCCUUUUCCUCCAACAUUUCCCCUUCAAUUAAAGGAGUCUCUUUCAUGUUGGAAAACUGCUUUCUGAAAGAAGGUACAGCAGAGUCUCGCUUAUCCGACCUUUGCUUAUCUGACUUCCCGUUUUAUCCGACGCCCUCCUUUUCCUCCAACAUUUCCCCUUCAAUUAAAGGAGUCUCUUUCGUGUUGGAAAAUUGUGCUUUCCGAAAGAAGGUACAGCAGAGUCUCGCUUAUCCGACCUUUGCUUAUCUGACUUCCCGUCUUAUCCGAUGCCCCCCUUUUCCUCCAACAUUUCCCCUUCAAAUAAAGGAGUAUAUUUCAUGUUGGAAAAUUGUGCUUUCCAAAAGAAGGUAGAGUCUCUCUUAUCCGACCUUUGUUUAUCCAACUUCCCGUCUUAUCCGACGCCCUCCUUUUUCUCCAACAUUUCCCCUUCAAUUAAAGGAGUCUCUUUUGUGUUGGAAAAUUGUGCUUUCCGAAAGAAAGUACAGUAGAGUUUUGCAUAUCCGACCUUUGUUUAUCCGACUUCCCGUCUAAUCCGACGCCCCCUUUUCCUCCAGCAUUUUCCCUUCAAUUAAAGGAAUGCUCCCCAACUCUCUGCAUUCCCAAUGAGUGAAAAGGGCAAGGAGGAGGAAGGGAGGAAAAGGGGGAAAGAAGCAGGACUGGAAGUGGAAGCCUCCUCCUUCCUUCCCUGUGAUUUCCACAUUCCGCUUCCGCUUCCGGGCACUUCCUGCAGGGCCACUCGAGCCGUAAACUGUUGCCUUGCCUUAACCCUUGGAGUACUUACUGUUAGUAUUCUAGGCGCCUAGUGACUUAAGGGACUCCAUGUUAUCCGACGUUCUGCCGGCCCAUUUAUGUCGGAUAAGCGAGACUCUGCUGUCGAUCUGUAUCCAUUCUGCUGCCGUUCUGUCCUGUGAAGCAUUGAUUCUCACGCUUUCUGAACCACACUCUUGCCAAAUGUCUUGCCCUGUGGAAAGAGUCAUAAGUUCAUUCAACAAAACCCUGUCUUUUGCUUCGGAUCGUUGGGUUGAGCUCAUCUUCUGCCCUGGAAAGCAAGACCGCCUCUUUCAGAGAUGAGAAUUGGGUCGGCUUCUUGUUGUUAUGGCAUCUGGGGUCAGGGCCUUCGGUUUAUGCUAGAUGUAAUGUGUUGUCGAAGGCUUUCAUGGCCGGAAUCAAUGUGUUGUGGUGUGUUUUCUUGGCUGUAUGGUGAUGUUCCAGAAGCAUUCUCUCCUGACAUUUCACCUGCAUCUAUGG